GGAGAAUAUUAUUUUAUUCUCCUUGGAAGGAAUGGGAUAGGGAAAAAAAAUAUAAAAAACAGUAACCAUGCAAAAUAAAACGAACACUGCAAGUUUUCACGUGGGAAAUCAGGUUUCAAGGCGACCAGAGCAUAUCAAAAAAUGAAUAAGAAAAGAAAAGCAAAGCCAAAGAGGAAGAUUUAGAGUACAGCAACCCCAUACUUCCAAUGAUCAAAUAAGAAACAUCAUAAAAAUAACCAGACGAAUAAAUUAAACGAGAAACCAACAGGGGAGUGAGAUAGACUUGGACUUACUCUGAAGAAUCCAAAAAAGGCGUGGGGAUGGCAGAAGCAGGUACCCCGUUUCAACUGUUUCGGCUUUGGUUUGCUGGUAACUCCUCAACCUUAGUUCAAGGAGCAGUAAUGACGUCCACUAUUAGGUAUUGUAUCUUCUUCGGCUUCGUUCGCUGGUCUCGUUUCUUUGGGUAUCGCAACCCUACUCUUUUCUUUUUGUAUUUUUUUUCUUUCCCUUUCUUAUUAUUUUUCUAUUUUUUUUUCUUGUCCCCCGGUUGAAAUUGGGAAGUUCACGAGACAGUAAGGAAUGACACAAUCAGCAAAGACCGCCCGUCCAGGGAAUACUGGUCGGUAUCGGUCAGGGUAGUUUUCUCGAGGGAAAGAAAAAGGAGGGGAACGAAAAUCAAAAGAGGGGGUGUCUGUGGAAAUUGACCGGAGAUCGAGUUGCUGUUGGACUGCGUCCGGACACAAGAUUAAAUAAAGAAAACUAUGAACCCAAAUAGAUAGAAAGGGCUUUUUCUUUAAUUCAAAUUACGAAAAACCGAAAGGGCUUUAUAA